CCACCCCCUCGCCUCUCCUCCCAGUUCUCCCACACACACUUGUCACCUUCCUCCCCUGCCACGAGCCGCGAGGAUAAGACGCAGCCCGUGAGCGAACAGCGCCAGCGCCGGCCGCCCCGAUCGAGCAAGCGAGGAGGAUGCACCGCGCGGCGAGGAGGCUGAUGUGGGGGGCCAGCCAGCCCGGGACGGACGUCCCCAGCGACCACGACGUGGUCAUCGUGCUCGCCUCGCUGCUCUGCGCCAUGAUCACCGUCCUCGGCAUCGGCCUCGUGGCGCGGUGCGCGUGCGGGCGCGGCGGGGCCAGCAGGCCGCCCGCCGCCGCCAACAGGGGCGUCAAGAAGUCGGUGCUCCGCAAGAUCCCCACCGUGCCGUACGCCUCCUCCGCCGGCGCGGCCUGCGGCGGCGACGAGGAGUCCGGGGAGGCGGCGGCGGAGGAGGAGUGCGCCAUCUGCCUGGCGGAGUUCGAGGAGGGCGAGGCCGUGCGCGUGCUGCCCCCCUGCGGCCACGGCUUCCACGCCGCCUGCAUCGACAAGUGGCUGCGCGGGCACUCCACCUGCCCCUCCUGCCGCCGGAUCCUGUCCCUCCGGCUGCCGCCCGGCGAGCGCUGCAGCCGCUGCGGCGCGCGGCCCCACGCCGGGGACGCCGGCUGGAAGCCGACCUCCUACAGCGGCGUGCCGCCGUUCCUGCCGUAGGCAGCUGCGCGCCACCAGCAGAGAGGCAGAGAUGCUGCUUCUGGGCUGGAGCUAGAAGAAGACAAGGACCGGAGGAAUCGACCAACCCAAAAGCAAACAAUCUGGUUGGUAAUGCGUAGCAAUCCGGAGCUGGAAAUGGGGAAGUCUGAUAAGGUGUUUGCAGGCUUGCAGCCGCGGCGUACUAGCUCUGUACAUUUGUAAAUAUUAGUAGUAUAAAUUAAUAUAUAUGCAAUCAGCUUUGGUAAGGAUGA